UGUCAAAGCAAUAUUCUUAGGUCAAAGUUCCUAGCUAAUUAUAUAUUAAAUAGUUCAUGUUAUUGCGAAAAGAGUAUUUUAUUCACAAUAGUUUUGGAAUAAUAAUCAUUUUAUACUUUUGUUAAGAAAUUUAAUGACUUUGCCGUUUGGCAAGAGACGUGGAUUUGUUUGCGUUUGGGAAUCGAGAAAAUGGAGACUAAUGAUGAGGUUGUAGAAAGACAAAAACUAGUGCCCAACGACAUUGAAGGCGAGGAGGAUCAUAACCAUACGGCUGUAUCACAAUCAGCUCCUAUAUCUGCGCCUAACCCCGUAUCCCCAACAGUGCCAAAAAUUAAUAUAAAAAACAUGUCCAGUGGUGACACAACGCGUAGUAGAAACUCAGCCAGUUGUUCUAUAGAGAGAACUUCAGAAAAAGGUCAGCUAACUUCUGCUAAAGUAACUUACGUAAAUGAGCGUCGCCCACGCCCGCAUCUACAUGGAAAUACCAUCACGGGUGGAGGUAUUAAUGAUGAUCUCGUUAAAUCGCGACCGCGCAAGUUACUCAAAGACGCUGAUGAAAUCUGCAGCAACGAACACAAUAUCAACAGCAUCAGGGUAAUCAGCAGCGAAGUGUACUGUAAUAACAACGAUUUUGUUAUCAACAACAGAAUUACUGACAAACAAAAUAUUGAUAGCUCAGAUAAUAAAAGCAAAUCGCGCCUGCCACAUGGAAAAGCGGGUAGUAUUGAUCCUUCUAAUUUGCUCAACACUAGCCAUGGCGACAGUGGCUCGAACUUCGACAAAUUUGAUGAGCGUCCUAUUAAACAUCACUCAUUUGUCUCAGAAGUACCGGACGUAAAGCACAUGGAGCGAGCACUUUUAGGUCUUCUCGACGAUUUCCAUUCCGGCAAACUGAAGGCAUUUGGGUCCGGAUGCACUAUGGAACAAAUGACCAAAAUACGUGAACAACAAGAGAGUUUGGCUAAAUUACAUUUUGAACUGGCCGCUGCUGAGGAAGACUCAUUAGAGAAUGUUAAUGAUUUUAAUGCAGCAAAGGCGCAGGAAAAUAUGUUGCAAUUGGUCCAACGCUUAGAACAGUUAUCAAUUUCAAUUGAACAGUUGCAAAUAAGUCAUACAGGAGUAUGAAAGAUAGUUUAGCCUACAUCAGAACAUCUAGGCGGUUCCGAAAAAUUUUAAAUAUAAUAUAUUUUUAUUUACAAAACAAAAGCCACCUUUAUAUGAUACGGGUUUGGUUACCCUCCAACGCAUAAAGCGCAGUCACAUAAAACGAAAAUCGUAGAGUCGUACUCAUAUCUACGGUAUCCGAAUGGCGGGUAAAAUUAUCAAUCAACAAAAAAGGCUCUUGGCAAGUUGUGAUAUUUUUCCCAUAGAAAAAGCCUGGAAUUGAAUAUUUCCCAAUGCCAGCCUUUCUUUCUUUUAUUAAUUAUUCUUUAGAUAUUCUAAUUUCCAUAAACCAAUUAUACAAGAUAGCGUUUUGCGAGGAGAAAGAAAAAAAUUGACUUUUGUCGCUAGGCUCGGUUCUUCGCAGUCAAAUAAAGUAAAAUGUAAAAAAAAACGUCAGCAGAGUUCUGAAGCAGAAUUGAAACGGGAAAACAAUCAAAGUUCUGAUCACAAAAGUGCACUCAUAGUUUACAGACCAAGCAAGUAGAUUUGCCAUUAUUGUAAAUAUUAUCGAACACUUCAUUUUAAUUCGUAAAGGAAGAGAAGGAGCUCGGUCAAACACCCAACUAAGAAUGUACCAGAUAUACCUGGAUUAAUACAGAGGUUACGUGCCUGAAUAAUGCCGCCUUAAGUAAAACCGUGUUAAAUGAUAUAAGAAGAAAAAAGAGGGGUUUACGUUCCAAGGUUAAAAUCUUAAAGUUAGUUAUAAACUAAAGCUGUUUUCUUUAACCGUAGAUUAAUAUAUAUUUGCGGUUACAUUGUUCAUAAAUAUGUCUCUGAUACACCUUACUUUUAAGGCCACCUAAUUUAGAUAUUACGGGAGAUAUUAAUAAAAAUCGACUAUUAUUAGUUGGAAACAACUUUCAUUGACUUCUGGCGCCAAAGUGAGCUUUUAUCGUUCUAUGAAGGUACUGAGAUGCAUGUAUUUGCAUAUCUUUCACGCCAUGCGCUGUAAGAGGUUUUUUUGUUGUGUGUGUAUAAGAGACGCAUGUUUAUGAAUCUAGGGUUAAUGCUUUCACGCGCCAGGUCUGUAAAAUUGUUUUAUUAUAUUAUUUUCUCAGAAUAUUCACAAAUUUUAUACGUAUUCAUAUUCUUUUCUCAAAAAUAUUUUUUUCUACCCCCCCUACAACAAGUGAUGGCAGAGAACGCUGAUGACACCGAGGAGGUUUAAUGAGAGGAACGCGUAAAAUUUUAAGGGAAACUAAACUGGAUGACGUAACUCACCAUUGAUAUUUUUUUCACCAUCAAUUAACAGUUAUUAGCUGCUGAGUAUUAUGAGAAUGCAAUUAGAAAUAAAGAGCAUGUAAACCUUUA